GCCCGGGCUCCGCAACAGCUCCGGCAGCGAUGUCGGAAGCUUCCACGUCCUGCACCGGAGCGGGCGGCUCCGGCUCCGCCCCUCUGUCUCCACGGGCCCCGGGGGGUGAGGAGGAGGAGGAGGAGGAGGAGGGCGGUCGCCGAUGGAGCGGAGCCCAGUUCCGGCGCUAUAGCUUCGAGACACGGCCCAUCCCCAGGCUCCGCCACGGAGACCCGCGCGCCGAGGAGCUCAUCGAGAACGAGGAACCAGUGGUGCUGACAGAUACGAACUUGGUAUAUCCUGCCCUAAAAUGGGACCUGGACUAUCUCCAAGAGAACAUUGGGAGUGGGGACUUUUCGGUAUACAGAGCCAGGACCCACAAGUUUUUGUAUUAUGAUGAGAAAAAAAUGACAAAUGUUAAGAACUUCAAACCCAAAUCAAGCAGGGAAGAGAUGAAAUUCAGUGACUUUGUUGAGCAGCUCCAGGAAAUCCAGCAGCAGGACAACGGAGAAAGGUUGUAUCUGCAGCAGACCUUGAAUGACACAGUUGGGAAGAAAAUUGUAGUGGAUUUCCUGGGCUUUAAUUGGAAUUGGAUUAACAGGCAGCAGGCAAAACGAGGCUGGGGUCAGCUGACAUCCAACUUGCUAUUGAUUGGCAUGGAAGGGAAUGUGACUCCUGCGCAUUAUGAUGAGCAGCAGAAUUUCUUUGCUCAGAUUAAGGGAUACAAGCGGUGUAUCCUGUUUUCCCCUGACCAGUUUGAGUGCCUCUAUCCCUAUCCUGUGCAUCACCCGUGUGACCGGCAGAGCCAGGUUGACUUCGACAAUCCUGACUUUGAGAGGUUUCCCAAUUUCCAGAACGUAGUUGGCUAUGAGACAGUGGUGGGCCCAGGCGAUGUGCUUUAUAUUCCCAUGUACUGGUGGCAUCACAUUGAGUCUUUGUUGAAUGGGGGAACUACCAUCACUGUGAACUUCUGGUACAAGGGUGCCCCGACCCCCAAAAGAAUUGAGUAUCCACUAAAGGCUCAUCAGAAAGUGGCUAUAAUGAGGAACAUAGAGAAAAUGCUGGGCGAGGCCCUUGGGAACCCACAAGAGGUGGGUCCCUUAUUGAAUAUGAUGAUUAAAGGGCGAUACGAAUAAUCCUUGGCCAAUGCAGUGAUGGAUGUUUGAGCUGCUUCACAGACUUCUGGAGGAUACCGACCGCUAGUAUGGCACGCAGCACUUAAAAGACUAAGGGGCUUCUAGCCCAACUCUGCCCUACCCUGCACCAAUUUAGGGGAUGACUGGCAUUAUCAAACCUUUCCAUUCAUCCCUCUUUCAACUCCAGUGAACCUUCCAGAAGAAUUCAAAGGAAGAUCCCAUCACCAGUAACUCUUUGUUCCCUGCCUGCCAAGAUGUAGAGCUUGGCACCUGGUACUUGACUUAAAGCAUUACAAAGCGUGUUUGGAAGGAAGUAGAGUUUGGGAUGGUCUUAUCAGUCUUUUGGGUUCAUUCCACAAGCUGGGUGUUUGAUGUGACAUGAGGGGUGGACAGGCUAAGUCCAGGUUUCGGACUGAGAGUCCCUCAAAGUGUUGGAGAGGGAGAGGUGAUCCUUAGACCAUGAAUAACUCAUCUGCUUUAUUUUGUCUGGGAAGUAGAAACAAGGGCAGGAUGGCAUCUGUGUAGUUUUCUUGUAGGUGAGAAGAAACUAGUCAUUUUGAUCUUCCCUCUGCAGCUCAGCAUUAGAAAUCUACCUAGAAAACGUUCACCUCCAAGUCAUCUCAGUUUUGCUGUUUAGUAUCCAUAUUUUGUUAAAGGCAGCAUUUUUAUUGAAGGCAUAACUGAAUUUAAAGCACAUUUAUGGUUACAAAUGGAUGAAGGGCAGGUAGGGAUGGAGAUGAGUCUGCUAUGUAGCAUUAACAUCAAAAACAAUAUUCGAGAGGACCUGACCUCUGAUUCUGCUAGAAAAAACAGGCCAAAAUUCCCUUAUAUUCCACUUGGAAUAUUGGUUCUUCGGAUAACCCACAGUGAGUGUCAUUUUUUCAGGAAAACUCCUUUGUGUUGUAUUUUAUCCUUAGCGUUGCAUGGAAAUGUUCAUUCCAUUCCAUCAGCCUUCUUCACCCCAUACCAAGUGAUGGAUGAAUAGCUGGAGAAGGGAGAGCAGCAAAUGUUCAGUAGCAUCCCCCACCCCGCCCGGUGGCUUUUUCAUCAGAGACCUUUGGGUACAAUGAAAUUCUGUACUCCAUUCCAUGCUGGUUUUCCCCAAACUGGAGGGGAAUGUGAAUGCCAUUGGUUUUAUUUCAUCAAGAUGAGAGUGCGGAAUUUAUAUCCCAGAUGACUAAGGAAGAGUUGCUUCCCUGACAUAACAUCUAUUGCUUUGCCCCUUUGCCACAGGGGAGACUGAAAAAGCUUAGCUUUUCCCAGUGAGAGAGGACACGGCUAGCUUGCUGGCAUUGCACUUGGGCAUAGCUACUAUUUCUCUGGGACAGGUCACUUUCCUACCGGUUACUGUGAAUUCUGUAUACAGCAGCUGAAGUAGUAUUGAAGAAAACGGGCGUGUUUCAGAUUGGUAAGUGUCUCCAGUGGGGCCUUGAAGAGCUGUGGAGCUGUUUCAAGCAAGGCCUAUUUUUUUGAUUUAGCUGUACAAGCCACAGGGAGGCAAUGGAAGACCAGCGUACGUGACAUCGUGUAGUAUUAGAUCAGGGAAGGGUGGGGGGCUUCUAAAGAGCAAGAUUGGGCUUGGUGAAUGGCAGUGCCAGUAAAAACAUUCUGCCUUUGUCUAGAAGUAAAAUCCCCACGCUUACUCAAGUGUGUCCUGGAUGUGCAAAAGUAUGAGCCAGAAUGCUACCCAAGACCGGAGCUGUUUGUGAAAUUUUGUUAAUGUAGUAGAGCAUGAAGAAAGAGCCAGGUGCCUCGCUGGAAGGAAGAAGACAGGACUUAAUGCAACCUUCGGAUCUCUCUCUCUCUCUUUUUGCCAAAGGUGUAACUUUUGAAAGUUUCUAAAUAGUUGGGGUAUUUUAUUUUUUUUAAAAAAAUGUUGCACUUGACGUGUGUGAAAGCUCAGUUUGCAAUGCACUGACGGACUGAUUUAGUUACUGUCUCUUUCUUUUUUUUAAUCCUGUGCUUUUUGAUGCCCUGCUAUGGUAUUGGGGGAAACUGUGUGUUCUGUGAUGUGUGAGAACACGUGGGAAAGGCGUAACACCUUCUGAAGUGUAGUUCUUAAAAUACAGCUAUUGUUGAACGAUACAA